GCAGUACGAUACUGUAGUCUAAACAUGCAAACCGACUCCAGGUAUUAGUUUCUGCCAGCUAUAAAUAUCAGUCAGUGUCGUCCAGGCAGGCAGCACUCUCUGCUCUUCCUGCAUCUUGUUCAUCAUUUAGCAGCAGCUCACCGUCAGAAGAUCACCAUGGCUGCUCGUGCAUCAGCAGCUGCAAGAUGCAUCGCUGUCCUCUUGAUGCUGGCCGGCACCUCGUCGGCGCAGCUGUCCACCAGCUUCUACUCCAGCUCCUGCCCCGGCUUGUACAGUGCCGUCAAGUCGGUGGUGCAGUCCGCCAUCGCCAGGGAGAAGCGCAUGGGCGCCUCCAUCGUUCGCCUCUUCUUCCACGACUGCUUCGUCCAAGGUUGCGACGCGUCGUUGCUGCUGGAUGACACGGCCAGUGUCCAGGGCGAGAAGAUGGCGACGCCCAACAACGGCUCCGUGAGGGGCUUCGAGGUGAUCGACGCCAUCAAGUCCGCCGUUGAGAAGGUCUGCCCCGGCGUCGUCUCCUGCGCCGACAUCCUCGCCAUCGCAGCCAGGGACAGCGUAGUCAGCCUUGGGGGGCCGAGCUGGGACGUCAAGGUUGGGAGGAGGGACUCGAGGACGGCGAGCUUCAGUGGCGCCAACAACAACAUCCCGCCACCGACGUCGGGCCUCGCCAACCUGACAUCACUCUUCGCCGCGCAGGGGCUCUCCCAAAAGGACAUGGUCGCGCUCUCUGGUGCUCACACCAUAGGUCUAGCACGUUGCACCAACUUCAGAGCCCACGUAUACAAUGAAACCAACAUCGAUGGUGCCUUUGCAAGGACAAGGCAAUCAGGUUGCCCUAGCACCUCAGGUACAGGUGACAACAACUUGGCACCUCUGGACCUUCAAACGCCGGCCGUCUUUGAGAACAACUACUACAAGAACCUUGUUAGAAAGAAGGGACUUCUGCACUCUGAUCAGGAGCUCUUCAAUGGCGGAGCCACCGACGCACAAGUCCAAUCGUAUGUUAGUAGCCAAAGCGCAUUUUUCGCAGAUUUUGUGACAGGCAUGAUCAAGAUGGGUGACAUUACACCUUUGACGGGUUCCAACGGGGAGAUAAGGAAGAACUGCAGAAGGAUCAACUAGUGAAGAUGGAAUGUGCAUUAGCUUAUUUGAGGCUUUUUCUUCAGUCACAUUCAACAACUUUGUACCCUUUCCAAAUUUUCAUUCAACAAUUGUGAAAUCAUCAUGUUGUGUCAAUGUGUUGACAUGUUAGUUCAUUUAAAUAAUGAAUGAAUGUAUCACUUGUUGCCUACAUCA